GCGGAUCUGUCACCCUCUCCUCCCUUUCUCUGUGCGAGUUCCUUCUGCUCUCUCGCACGCUCGCUCUGUGUUGCUCUCUCGCGCGUCAGAGGAGAAUUCGUGGCUCAGAAUUCCUCGCUAGGGCUGGCAAUCGCGAUCGCGUUUGCGAGUCAAUGGAGCAGCCGUCGUCGUAGACCGAUCGCGUGCCGUCUGAGCUGCGAAGGGAGGUGAUUUGGACGCGGUGGAGUGGUCUUUCGAGGUGGUGGUGGCGUUUUUGUUCUGUUUAUUUUCUGCGUGUCGUCGUUGAUUGUUUUGCUGUUGUGGAGUGGCCCUCGAUCUUUCCGGGAGGGGAGGCAGGGGCAUUGCUUGAUUUUUGAGGGAAUUGAAGGAUCUUGGGGAAUGGGAGAGGAAGAGAAGAGGAGAGGAAAUUGGACGUUUCAGCAACCAUGAAGAAGGUUGGAAGAAAUGAGAAUGAACUCGUUGCCGGCGGAGCUCGUGGCAUCUGCCUCUGCGGAUUUGAGUAUUUUGAGUCGGACUACUGUCGGAGGUGCGGGUGCUGCCAGUGGGAAAGAAGAAGUUGCUGCAGUUCAGGAACACGUAGAAGUUAUACAUCAGGAGAGGAGACUGGAAGCAUGGAAGAGCCUGCCCAAGGACAUGAUUGCCGGGACUCUGUUAGGAGGAGUGGCGCACACGAUCGUGGCUCCUGUAGAGAGAGCCAAGCUUCUUCUCCAGACACAGGACAGCAAUUUUGUGAUACAAAAUGGCAAACAUGUUCGAUACAAGGGCCUCGUAGAUUGUAUUGUCCGAGUGGCUAGAGACGAGGGUUUCCUUUCGUUGUGGCGAGGCAACGGUAGCAGUGUCAUGCGCUACUACCCGUCCCUUGCCAUCAAUUUUGCUAUGAAGGACUUUUACAGGGCCAUGCUUAUUGAAGACAGGGAUGUUGAAGACGAAAAUGCCCCGUUAGCUCGAGCUCCCGCGAAUUUUUUAGCGGGUGCAAUGGCUGGGUGUACAAGUCUUGUGUUUGUAUAUCCCCUCGAUAUCGCCCAUACUCGAUUGGCAGCUGAUAUUGGGCGUCGAGAUGCCCGUCAGUUCCGAGGCAUUAGUCACUUUUUGAGGACGAUCUAUCAUAAAGAUGGCCUUCGAGGGGUCUACCGUGGGUUUCCAGCGUCCGUCCAAGGCAUGGUCGUUCAUCGAUCCAUUUACUUUGGUGGCUUUGACACUGCCAAAGACUUCCUAUCCAAAGAUGCGGAACACAUUCCCUUCUGGAAAAGAUGGGCUGUUGCACAGGGUAUUACAACCUCGGCGGGUCUUAUCUCGUAUCCUCUGGACACUGUUCGGCGGCGGAUGAUGAUGCAGUCAGGGCUCGAAUCGAAAAUGUAUUACAACACUUUGGAUUGCUGGAAGAAGAUUUACAGGCAGGAAGGUGCGUUGGCCUUCUACAAGGGAGCGGUUACGAACAUGGUGAGGGGCACUGGUGCCGCCCUUAUCCUGGUUUUGUAUGAUGAAUUGAAGCAUAUUCUGCGGUGGUCUGGACCCGCCGGUACGGAAGCUCGUCCACCUUCGAAGCAUGAUGUUAGUGUCACGACCAGACCACAAGAAAAGUAAUUGUCGUUUCUUCUGCGAGUCACGAUUUAUGAAUUGCUCUUCUACACUUUUAGGGGAUUAAGGACUUCGAAAAGCCUAGUUGUAUGUAUACCAACCAGGCGUAUACUGGUCUUGCUUUUUCAAGACUAAUGAGUAAUGUAGUCGACUAACUGGGCAAUCACGAAAGAUGAUUUGUAGAUCAUAUACUUCCCAGUCAUCAGCCCUGGGACGAACCUUCCAUUGAAAUGAAUGGCACUUGUGGUCAAUCUAGGAGCUUGAUGAGAGUUGUGCGUAUCGUGUACAUCGCGUACAAGAUGCUGAGGUCGAAAGCAACGUCCAGUAUCCUUUUUGCUCUUUCCUCAUGGAGAAGUUGUUAACACAGGUAUACUGCGAGUAUUAGCGGAAAUCCAUAGACAGCAUUUACUCUUACGAAAAUUGAUGAUUAUCACUUACCAUAAGAUCUAACUCCUAUCUCACGUCAAACGAUGAGUUUAGAUAAGCGAGACACAGGUAACACCAGGUGUUGGCAUCACUAGCAGAGUAGUCCUCCUCUUUUAAGCUUGUAUUCUUUAUCAUCUAUAAUUUGUUCUCUAAUUAUUACGAAAUUUUUCGUGUUGUCGUGUCCCAUCCAAUGUGAAGGUAGACGAGUUGUGGCUUUUAAGAUACCCUUCAACCUUCUCUUUGGCUAACGGCGUCUGCCAAAAUUUUCCUAUGAAAUUUUUUCUUUUGGCCAGUAGUUUUGUUUUU